CUCAAGAAUGAGCUCAAACUCGUGAGCCUUAAGUCCGUGAAGAGAGUGGACGUCCGAUUCGAUCCCUUCCACCCAAACGUGUCGUCCAUUAGAGAAUUCUUGACAGCAAUCAGUGAACCGAAAAUCAGGGCAACGAAUCCCAAGUGUGGUCUUAAGAGUGAUAUUGUCUGCAAACGCGAAGAGCCAACCAUUACUGUAUCGCUGGAAAGUGGUAAACGAAUCAUAUUUAAGACGAGUUUAUUGUCGACCCUUGAAAUCGCCGAAAACUACAAUCAAAUACUCAACCGAUUGACACAAAGCGACAAAAGCGAGACAUAAAGCGCAGGAAUUGGAGGUUUGGUGUGUGCGAGACAUGUCUAAACACGGCGGACAUAAUGUCAACCAUUUGGCCACUGAUAUGAGUUUGUUGCAAAAACUCUACCACAAGAUCCCGGCCUUUGACGAGCUCUUCGACGAGCAAACCUUCUAUGUCUUUG